GUGUGUGUGUGUGUGUGUGUGUGUGUGUUUGUUUUUAUUACAUGGUGGGGGCCGCAACACGUUAGCACACUCACAGUGUGGGGACCGAAAACAUUGUGGGGACCAGUUUGCCGGUCCCCACAAUGUUUUCAGCCAAAAUGCGCCAGUUGACUCAGGAGACCAUGCUGAUAUAGGUGGUGCAGUUUUUUUUUUGGACCCCACCAUACGCAAAAACAUGAGAAGUGUGUAAAAGCGUGCUUACACACAUGCUCACCGAUGCCCCCGGCGGUAUCUUGGUGGUACUGCACCCUACCCUAAAAGUGUGCUUAGGAUGCGGACCGUAAGCACACUUUCACUACUGCGCCUGCGCAACCCUGAUACACGUCACUGAGUGCUGUGAACGCUGAAUUAAUCACUGCUACUACAAGGUGAAGCUAAAAUGGCGCCUGUAGUUUUUUCCGUUCUAUAUUGAAUGGAACGAAUGGGACUUGGAAGAACAAAAACUACACUUCCCAUAAUUCCCUCUGUCACGCCACGAAAGAGCUGAAGGAUAGCUGCACUCAAGAAGCACCGAUGUAAGAUACUCUCAGUUGCAGGAGGAGAAGAUAAAAUGAGACGGAGGAGGGUGAAACCACUUGAUGAAGCAGUUCAGCAUGUCACCAGUGCAACUGACAAGACUGAUGUAUUGGAGAGUAAAUUAGUAAACCCUUAUAAAGGUCGUGGUGUAUUUGCCCUGGCUUCUUUGAAUAAAGGAGAUUUUGUGGUCGAAUACAGAGGGGAACUGAUAGACUUCCUUGAAUCAGAGAGAAGGAGGAAGGUCUCCCGAAUUACCGUAUUUAUGUUUGACUUCUUUUGGCAGAAUAAACAGUGGUGCGUUGAUGCAACAAGAGAGGAUGACACCCUUGGCCGACUAGUGAACGAUGAGCACAAGGACCCCAACUGUAAAAUGAAAAAGAUCAUUGUCCAGGGAAAACCGCAUCUCUGCCUUUUUGCAAUUAGAGAUAUAAUGCCUGGAGAGGAAAUAACCUACGACUAUGGAGGAAGUGACUGGCCUUGGAGGAGAAAGUCUGCAUGUAAGGAUACUGCUAACAUGAAGGACAAUGUUGAACCAAGCCGCUCAGCUUCAGGUCCUGUGACCAAUGCUGGAGCUUCCACUUCUGACCUAAAGCCUGCAUGUAAGGACUCUGCUAACAUGAUGGAUGUGGUUGAACCAAGCCGCUCAGCUUCAAGUCCUGUGACCAACUCUGGAGCUUCUUCUUCUGACUUAAAGGUAUUUAAAAAAAUGUUAUGUCCAUAUAGUGAACAACUUGGUAGUUCUGUAGCUAAUUAUGGUCAAUUAAAUUUACUUCAGGACUGAUUUCAUUUGUUGUCUGGUAUAAAUUUGUGAGAGUUAAUUGUUUUUAAGUGAGGCCUUAGGGAUGGUAUUAGCUACACAUGCUCUCGGGUUUCGCAUUGUGGGGACCCUCUCAGGAUAGAAAUGUUUGAAUGGUUUUGGUUACACCCACUGUCAUGUUUAGCAUAGUGGGGACCACAUCUAAGGAGAACCUUCCACUAUAGCAGUGGACUCUCAGGACAACAUAUAGACAACAUUUCUGAACUACAGUGUAGGUUACCCUAUGAUUAAUGUCAUUCAGGGUCUCAUAUGAACUGGUAAUAGUUUUCUGUUUUUAAACAAGUGUUUAAGGUUGAU